AUCUCCCCACUCAUCUCUGCCUGAAACCAUAACGUUGUGCAUCUCCCUACUGGUCUUUGGGUCUAUGAAGUGUUACUGGCACAUCUCCUCAUUGGAGGAGUCAGCCAUAAGGAAAGGAAGGGAAGGAAGGUUCUAUGAAGUGGUGUUAAGUCAAGGGUUCAAGUCUUCAAAUACCCCUGAAUACCCCUGAAUACCCCAUAUUGAUAUUUUUUAACAGUGACUGUUUGUGUUGUGAUGUUUUGCGAACAUUUUUGGAGAAGAUAUGGAGUGUCGUAGAUCAUUUAUUUAGAUUAUAGGAUUGUAACGUAGCGAUUAUUGUUGGUGAACUGGUGGAGGAUCUUUCUUCGUACCAUGUGGGAGGAAAAAUGUUACCGAAGACCUAUCCGCAAUUCUAAUAAUGGCGACGCAGUGACGGAUGCAAAUGGCAAUGGAAAAAGUACUGGUCUCAGAUUUCGGGAAAUUUUUGGUCGGCAGAAACAGGACUCUGAAGAAUGGCCUGAGAGUCCAGAUUUGGAUUUUAUAUAUGCUGAUGCAGACACACAUACCAAUGAAAUUGCUGAAUUGUACAGUUAUACAGAACAAUAUGAGUUACAGCUCAAUGCUAAGGCAUUCGAAGAUCAAAUGACGUGGUACAAAUUACGGCCAUUUUGGCAAUAUCUCACCAGACCUCAACAGAAGUCUAUUAUCCAUAAACUGUUGGACCAAUUGGAAGUCUCCAAUAAGCAAUUAAGAAUGAAAGCUGCCCGUUGUAUUUUGUAUAUAGCUCAAGGUUGCUGGUCAGAAGUACAAUCUGAUAAAGAACAACAAGAUUGGACCAGGACAAAUGUAAUGCUACUCUAUGAAGCUGGAGUUUUUCCAGCCUUUGUAGAGCUAUUGAACAUCGAGAUUGAAAAUAGCACAGCUGCCAGUUCAGCAAUGAGAAAAUUAGCAGUGAGUCUCGCUGACUCUAUAGAUUUGAGAGUAAUUCUAUCAGUUUUAUAUAUUAUCGCGGAAGUGAUGAGAGUGGAAGCCAUUGAUUUAGAAAACAGUCAUUAUAAGAAGAAUGUUGAGUCCUUUAAAGAAGAACUUGUUAAUCCAUAUGGAGAAGAAUUAUUAAUUGUCAAACUUCUUGGGAUGGUAACCUGCUUUUGUAGUGGGUCUGCUCCACAUUUUCCAAUGAAAAAAGUUCUUCUACUCCUGUGGAAAUUAAUAUUAGUUUCACUGGGUGGUAUUGAUACAUUAAGACAGCUCAAAAAACAAUAUCGUGCGGAGGCUGGUCUUGAAACAAUAGACGAAGAUACGAUUGAAGUUACGAAAGGAAUGAGAGCAAGUUCUCCACCAUCUAGUGCAGCAGAUUUAUUGGACACACAAAACCAAAAAAGAAACAACCGUCCUUUUCGUCGACAAAUUCUUAUUAAACAAAGUUCAAUGGACGAACAAGGUCUGGGAAUAGAACCUGAUGGUAGUGGUACUGGAACUGGUACAGGUACAAAUGAGGGUGAGAGUGAAACAGUUGUGUAUAUGGAAGAGCCUGUAGUUUUUUCUUAUCGAACGUAUGAAGAGGAACAAAGUAAUCAAGAACAACCAAGACCAAGUACACCACAACCAGCUAAGGGUAAAGGAUUACCUUGGACACCAAAAGUAAGGCAGAAGGAUGUGGAUAUGUUUCUUGAGGUUUCACGAUUAAAAUUCGUUGGAUAUAAAUUGAAAGGCGAUAGGGAAAGCUUGGCUGGCCUUCCACAGCCUAUUCAUGAAGGUGUGAACACGCUAAAGCGGCACAUGUAUACAUCACUGGCUGAAGUUCAAAUACAAAAGGAGGAAGAAAUAACGAGGAAUCCAAUAAGCACAUCGGAACCGCCGCUUCGUCAAACUCCAACAGAAAUUUUGUACCAAGCUAUUUUGGUUAAUCUUCCUCAGUACAUGAUAGCUUUACUUAAAAUUUUGCUUGCUGCUGCACCCACCAGUAAAGCAAAGACCGAUAGUAUUAAUAUUAUGGCUGAUGUGUUGCCGGAAGAAAUGCCAAUGACAGUUUUACAGUCAAUGAAACUGGGAAUUGACGUUAGUCGUCACAAGGAAAUUAUCGUCAAGGCAGUAUCCGCUAUUUUACUUCUAUUAUUGAAGCACUUUAAGCUAAAUCACGUGUAUCAAUUUGAAUUUAUGUCACAGCAUUUGGUUUUUGCCAAUUGCAUACCCCUUGUUCUGAAGUUCUUGAAUCAGAAUAUAUUGGCUUACAUUGAAGCUAAAAAUGUUAUACCCAUGUUGGACUUCCCAAUGUGCGUUAUUGGUGAUCAACCAGAACUCACAGUAGAAGGACUGGAAAUAGGUGAUAGUCAAACUUAUUCUUGGCGCAAUGUAUUUUCAUGUAUCAAUUUGCUGCGGAUUUUGAAUAAAUUGACUAAAUGGAAGCAUAGUAGAAUCAUGAUGUUAGUAGUUUUCAAGUCUGCUCCUAUAUUGAAACGUACGCUUAAAGUCCGACAUGCUAUGAUGCAAUUGUAUGUGUUGAAACUUGUGAAAAUGCAAACGAAAUAUUUAGGCAGACAAUGGCGCAAAAACAAUAUGAAAACAAUUAGUGUGAUUUAUGCAAAAGUUAGACAUAGACUGAACGACGACUGGGCCUAUGGAAAUGACCUGGAAGCAAGACCCUGGGAUUUCCAAGCGGAAGAAUGUGCGUUGCGCGCUUGUGUCGAUCAGUUUAAUAAUCGGCGAUAUUCGACUUCAAGUAGAGAUGAGGAAUUAGAGCCUGUUGACACAUCAAUUACUUCGGUACUUGGUGCUAACGUGGAACUUACAGACGAAUUCAAACAGCAUUAUGAGUUAUGGCUGCAACAGGAAGUUUUUCAAGCGAGUAUCAACUGGGAUGAAUUGCUGGAUUCUGCAAGCUGCGAAAUCUGAGGUUUUUAAUAAAAAUGUAUAACUUGUAAUGACCAUAUUAUCGUCCAAUGAGGGAAAUAGACAGAGAGUGCUGAUGAAAUUUAGAUUUUUGUUUAUCACUAAUACAACUACCCCACAAUUGUGAAAUGUUCCAAAAACAGUUCCAACAUUAAAGAAAUAGGAGCAAACUAUGUGUCAGUAGAAACACGUAAGGCAUGGGUAUCAACUUUAAUUUAUUUAUAAAAAAAAAGCAAAUUACUCCGUUCAAUUUUGGCUAUUUCCAAACUGCUUCAGUGUUAUGUCCUGGAAAGCUCAUUCAUUUAUGUAGUCUAUAUUUUUCAUUGCAGCUAAUUAUAUAUAUUUAUUUUUACAAUAAUCCAGAUAGCGACAAUAGCACUGCCUCCCAAAUAUCCCGACAUGUUACCAGCAAAACAACAGCAGCAUUCUGUAAAGCAUGCUUUUAUUAUGCAGGCAACGUGCUGGAAUAUGGCGUUUUUGGUUAUUAGAGAAGCUACGUAUUUGAUUUCCAUAUUAAAGAAUUUGCAUUAUCGUUUUACAACUAAUACUCUUUGAAAUGCUUGUCUCAUUUAAUACGAAUAAGCUUUCUGCGAACAGAUUGAUUAAUUAACCAAAGAAUCCCCAUGUAUAAUGAUUACAGAAUGCAUGAUCGAUCUUCCCGUGUUUUAAAGACUUCUUGUUCGCGUUCUCUAUUUCUUUAAACAUUUAAACAUCCUGAUAUAUCUAUACGCGCGUUUAUAGAGGCAAGCAAUGAGAUUCAUGAUCUAGGAACUAAGAUAAGCUGCCUAUAACUUAUAAUAAGACAUUAGAAAGACUAUAUUAUGUAAUGAUGCAGCCAUUGUAAAUGUAACAUAGUUUUAAAUGAACAUAAACCAUGAUAUUGAUUUGUACAUGACUUAUACUUGUCGUUGACAUAGGUGAAUGAUUAUGUUAUAAGUUGGAUGUUUAUCAGAGUAAAAUAGUAAUUAUGGCAAGUGACACUUCAAUAUCCUGAUAAUUGUCUGAGUUUAAAGAAACCGGAGAUUAGGUUUAUGCUUAUUACAUUAAACAAGAAAAUAAGGAAUUUUGAAUGUUCUGCCUAUGAAAGCUUUCUUAGACAGAAAUUCACAACUAUGGCUACAACGGACAACUGGUAUAAACAAGACCACAAUAUCUGUCUUUAAGAUAGAUAUCAAGUCUAGUUUUUUUUUCAAUUGCGUCUAUUUUAGAUAUUAGUAAAAUUGUGCGGAACGCGAUGAGACUUAUUUAAUAUGUUCUUAUCAUUCGAUUUUAUGUACAGCCCAAACCUUAUUUACAAAACUUCGUAAAACUAUGUUUAACUUAUUGAUACAUAAUAAAAUGAUAAACUGCAAUUGAUUCUUA